UCGAGCCGUUUCGAGACGAGGACGCGCACAGGAAGUAAACAAGUAAUCGGUGUAUCGCCGAGAAAAAGGAGCACGGUUUCUCACAAUGUUGCGCUUGUUUUUUCCGCGGCGUUUUUCUACUAAAUGCAGCCUGCUAGCACCGCGCGACCCCCCCUCGAUGACACCGCGUGCAGGAGCGCGAGCCAGACAGCAGCAGAUGUCAGCUAAUAUUUUUAUUCAGCAACAAAGGCGGGAUGUGGGAGGGUCAGCCUUUUGUAAAUACCCGUCAAAGUCCGUACUUUGGGUGUGUGGGGUUGGUGUGGGGAUCGCUUUAGCUGUCGGGCUGAAAUACAACAGUGACGCUGCCAGCAGCUCAGGUGAUAUUAAAGUUAAGAGAACAGAAAAGACAGAUCGAUACAGAGAUGCCAUAAAGGUUAGCAGAGACCUCGUGGAGCGGAUAAAGGAUGAGGUCGGGGCUCCCGGACUGGUAGUUGGAGUCUCUGUGGAUGGUGCUCAGGUCUGGUGUGAAGGAAUGGUUAUGCUGAUUUGGGAGAAUCGUGUCCCAUGCACUUCAGAAACAGUAAUGCGAAUUGCCAGCAUCAGUAAGCCCCUCACGUCUGCAGCUGCUGCACUACUCUGUGAGGAGGGGAAACUAGAUCUUGAUGUCCCAGUCCAAAAAAUUGUCCCAGAGUUUCCCCAAAAAACAGUUGAUGGCCAAGAUGUCACAAUAACCUCACGCAUGCUUCUGUCCCACCUGAGUGGCAUGCGCAUUAUGAGAAAGAUGAAGAAAGUGAAGGAGGACAGGGAGAAAGCCAAGCGACUUUUAAAGCCCUCAGUUAAAGAAAAAGAGAUUGAAACGAGCUCAUCUGAAAACAAAGAGAAACCCACAACAGAUCAGAACACCAAGAGAAAAAAAGUUGAGCAUGAGGAAUACUUUAAGGACAACUUUGAAAGUGUCAUUCAGUCUUUGGCUUUUAAGAAUGACCCCCUGAUUUUCAAACCUGGCACUACUUUUCUGUACUCCACUCAUGCCUUCACGCUGCUUAGUGCUGUUGUGGAGCGGGCUGCUGAUCAGCACUUCCUGGAUGUCAUGACGAAUAUGUUCUGUGUGGGAAUGCUCAAUACAGUGCCUGACAAGAAUGACCCUAUUAUUUACCACCCUUCGUAUUACCUGUCGAUGCACUUCCACAGAUUUUAUCAUCACAACAAGCGUGGUAGUGUUGUGAAUUGCCCAUACGUAGACAACUCCUACAAGUGGGCAGGAGGCGGCUUCCUUCCACUGCGGGGAGACCUGCUGCUAUUCGGUAACGCUCUGCUUUACAGCUACCAGGUGGUCCACCUGGAGGAUACCAAGGGCUUACUUCCUGGCUUUCUCAAACAAACAGCCAUAGAGCUAUGGGCUCCAGUUGAUGGGACUGAGGCCAGCUGGGAUGAGGAUGGACUGUAUGCUCAAGGCUGGCUGGUUGUGGAGAAAGUGCAGAAAUACGGCCAGUGCAGAAAACGCAGACACUAUGUGUCACACACAGGAGGCGCUGUGGGGGCUAGCAGCGUCCUGCUGGUUUUACCCAGUGAAGAGAUCAAUCAGUGCCAAGAACAGACCCUUCUCCCACAGGGGGUGGUGGUCACCAUCAUUACUAACAUGCAGUCCGUGGGACUCAACAACACUGCGUUGAUUGCGCGUGAGUUUGACAAAGCCAGAAAAGAGUAAGUUCUUUAGAGCAUUGUGUGUUUGCAUUAUAUUGAAGGCAAACUUUGUGGUCUUCUGUCAUUUUGAUACAGUUUUCAAUGUGUCUGGGCUUUUAGGAAAUAAAAAUAAAUCUUUUGAAUUCAUGUUCUCAAUA